CUUUGUCUCCGCUGAGAAACAGGAAACGCCUUAAUAUUGUGUUACUCAAGCCGGAAGUAGGAUUCUAGAGUCACAUUGAAGACGAAAACACGGGUCAUAGUAGUAUAAGGACCAGUGACCCCUCAACUCAUUCCUGAUGAAGUUACUUGAAUGAUCAAUAACAAUGUUUUCAUCAAAGGUUGUCCCUCGUCUCAAUCUAUUACGUAGAGCAACCUGUGCGCUUCAAGCCCAUGGAGACAUUUUGAAUGGACGUGUACAACAUGUACUUCCUGCUUACUGCUCUCCGCUACAACCAAAACUCAGGAGCUACUCAACAGCAGCAGACACACCUCCUCCUCGAUGGGUGCAACUGGAGCCAGAACUGGAAGAGGUUCUUGUGCCGCGUAAACUGUCCGUGAGCCCCCUGGAGAGCUGGCUCUCCCUGAGCUACUCCCUCCCCCCCCUGCUGGAGUGCCCUCUCCCGCAGGAGGAGGUGGAGCUGCUGGAGGAGCAGUUGCUGCCAGCCCUCUCUGACCCUGCGCUGGAGGACGGGGGGGAACCAGGGACACCCCUUAGUUGUAAAAAUGUUCUUGAGAUCCGACGGCGGAAGAUCAACCGGCAUAAGUACAAGAAGCUGCUAAAACGGACUAAAUUCUUGAGGAAGAGAGUGAUAGAGGGCAGAGGGAAAAAGAAGCAGAAACGAUUUGAGAAGGAUCUGAAGAGGAUUUGGACAAAAGCUGGACUGAAGAAGGCUCCAGAAGGAUGGAAUACACCUAAGAUCUUCCUUAAACAGCACGGAAACAAAAAGGACUGAAAAACACUGACGCUAUUUCAAGUUUGUCUCGCAUCUGGACGGCCCUGCACAGCUCAACACCAACUCAGUCAGCCUUUUCCCUAUGUGUACAAUUUUUUAAACAAAGUGUAGAUCAUCUAAUAAAAAUAUUUCUCCCUCAAGCCCAA